AUGUCUGAGAAUAAACAGAAUGAGGAGAGUGGGACGAUCGCUCCAGUAAAUAAAGCAAGCAAAGAAAAUUCCUAUCAGCGGCAAAACAAAGGUGGUUGCGUGGACUCUUCACAAAUGACGAAGAAACCAAAACAGAAUCAACUUUUCCCCAUCACUGACUCAGAAGUAGAUUUGGUCAAUGCUUAUCUUGAACAAAGACGAGUCAGGCGCCAUUUUGCAGCCCACAAGGUGAAUCUGGCUCAACAAGGCAGUGAAACCUCUGAGCGUGACAGUGGAGAAUCUGACUCAGGAGCCUCUUCGUGGAAGGAGAGUGAAAGUGAACACCACCCCUCACUAGACAGCAUGCACAGGAGAAAAGUCACUCAGAGGCACCAGAAUCUGGGAAGUCAACAACUCCGAGAAAGGCCUUGCCCUCAUUGCAAAGCUAUGAGAACCAAUGAGUGGUUAACACGUCAUUUCCUACAAAGAGCUUCAGAAAUGGUUCUCACAAAAGACACUCAUGAGGAAAGUUCCAUAACUGAAAUCAACACAUAGUUCAGUACAAUUUGAAUUUUGUCAAGCCUUUACCUUAUUUGAAGCCAAAUAGAAGAUACGAAAAGUAUGA